UAAUUUACAGCUGUAGUCUAAUGUGUGUAAAUAACAUACAACUGUAAAUACAGUUGAUGUUUAUAACUUAGACAAGUGUUUAGUUGUACUUACAGUUGAUGUAAUUUUCGUGAAUUCUGCUGGUUUUGACUAUGAUUUUUCCUUUUACAAAAAGAUUAAAUAGAAAACUGUAAACACCAUCUGUAUUUACAGCUUUAUAUUAUUUAUACACAUUAAACUACAGCUGUAAAUUAAAGCUGUAAUUUUAAUUUUUACGUAACGACAAGAUGCCUAAAAGAAGAAGACAACCACUCACAGUUAAAGGAGAAGAUAGAAGACGAAAGAAAAAUCAAGCAAAACAAAAUGAUAAGCGCCGAUUACGAAGAUCAGAUCCUAUUUAUCGAGCAGCAGAGCAAGCUAGAGAUUUGGUAACAAAACAAUUAAGAAGACAAGAUCCAGUAUAUCGUGCAGCUGAAAACGAAAAAACUGCAGCAAGAAAGCGCUUAAGAAGACAAGAUCCAGUAUAUCGGGCAGCUGACAAUGAAAAAACUGCAGCAAGAAUGCGCUUAAAAAGACAAGAUCCAGAAUAUCGGGCUGCUGAAAACGAAAAAACUGCAUUAAGAAUGCGCUUAAAAAGACAAGAUCCAGUAUAUCGGGCUGCUGAAAACGAGAAAAAUGCAGCAAGAAUGCGCUUAAAAAGACAAAAUCCAGUGUAUCAAUCAAAUUACGCAGUCACUAAAUCAGAGGUCGAAAAGGAAAAUCCCGUUUGUCAAAAUGCAAAAGAUGUGCAAAUAAAAAAGGAAAUUUCAUAUCAUGGUGAUCAAACAUCGUUGAAGAUAGAAUAUGAGAAUGAUUUAAAAAUAAAAGAGGAAGUAAAGCUAGAGCUGAUAGAUUUUUUGGAAACAUCUGAAUAAAUGCAUUAAAAUUGAUAAAAUCGAA